AUGGUGUCUGCCUUCGGAACAAUCAACGAGCCGCUUCUCGUGCGCCAGCACAAUGAGCAUGAAAUCAUCACGCGCCUGGCGUUUCAGUGCCCCAGCGCCCGCGGCUCCGACGGGAUCUGCUUCGAGCCGCGAUCGCUCGACCAGCUUGCUGGGUGGCAUGUCAAUCUCCUUGGCAUCGCGGUGACCGGAGCUGGCUUCAACGGCGCAGUUGGUGCCCCCGACACCCUCGACCCGGUUCCCGAGGGGCCCGAAGCUCACUGCGACGAUGCCGACUACCUCGACCUCCCCGGCUAUCCCCAGACCAGGGCUGAGGCAAAUGCCAAGCUCCAAGCCUGUCUCAACCAUCUGCGAAACCGUUUCCGCCAAGCCAUCGUCUCGGGGAGCCGCUUGGUGGAUGAGCGCCGCAGAAUCCGCCGGGAAAUGGUAGACCUCUCCGGAGGAGACUGCGCCUUUGCGUUUCCGGCAUGGCAGAGCGAUGGCUUCGGCCGGGCCAAGUGCAACGUCAUCGAAGGGCUCGGGCGGGCACUGCACGGCAUCCAAGAUUUCUACUCUCACAGUAAUUGGGUCGACAGUGCUGACCCGACCAAGCCCAUCGGCGUGUCUAACCCACCUGGCCUGGGCAUGAACGGCAGUGCUCCGUUUCUGAACUUACGGGGCAACAGCACCAUUCCGCCGGAUCUGAUACCACACAACCUGACGACCGGUUGCUUUGCUCUGCCUGACAGUCCGGAGGGGUCCGGCGAAUGCGAGGGGCGUAUUACUCACGGUGCCUUGAGCAAGGACAAGGGAAUCAUCAAUCUGGACGGCACUUUCGGCGACGAAGCGAUGGAUCCUCGCUCCGAAGCCUCUCCAAACAAUUUUCCCCUCGCAGUACAGGCAGCCAUCCAGCACUCGCGCGAGACGUGGGCCGAUUUUCGAGACGAAAUGCUUGACGAGUACGGCACCGUCAUUGGCGGGCUCAUGCUUUGCGCCCUUGUCCGCGACGACCCGGUCAAGGACUGCCGCAACCGCACCCUGGCUAUUGUUGCCGACAAUUCGCUGGCGAGUAAGGUCGGCGGCGGGAUCUACAUGGAAGAAGCACUUUCUGAGCAGGUCAAGUCGAGAUUGGGAUACCAUGGGUUAGAUCAUUUGGCUGUGAUUGCUAUCAACGACCUGGAUGCUGUUCUUCGCUACCCUAUGGGGCGGCCCGUGCACGCAACUUUCGACUUCCCUCAACCAACUGGUGAACUGAGGAUUGCGAGCGGCCUCGAAAUGGGCAUCGACGAAACCAUACGCGCUCAGCCAGAGACCUACACCGACCGAGGCGCUAUCCUCCUCCUUACAACAAGGGCUGAGCGUCUGGAGUUUAGCACCGACACACUGGCACAGUUACGACGGGCCUCGGAUGAGGGCAUACGCGUUCACUAUGCAUGCAUCAGCAUGCCGACGCACCUGAGCGAACGAGAUGCGAACCAGGCCGUCUGGACACCGUGUUCCCCCGGUGACCCGCUCGUGCCAGCUGUCCUCAAAACGGGCGGCAUUGCAGCUUUCAUCGACAGCCCUGCAGUCAGGAUACCUCCGCAUUUCGCCAACUUGGUCAUGGAUCGCGGCCUCACAGCUACCGACGAUGAUGACACGAUAAAGCACACGCGAAUUUACGCUGGCAUCACUUUGGCCGACUUCCUGAACUCGGAUCAGCACACCAAGUCAUUUACUUACCCAGUCACGGCCGGGGAGAGUCUCAACUUCACCAUAAGCAGCAUUGCCCUGAACGAGCAAGGGCCUGAGGCCUGUUUUGCUGUCACUUUGUGGUACAAGUAUCUCGACACGGAGAUCACCAGGCAUACAAGAUGCGGUGACUCUUCCCCUUUGCCACUGAUCUACCAAGCCACCGAGUCUUUCGACUUGGUCCUUGAGGCCGAGUUCGGAGACACGAUGCUGAAGGAUGAGCUGCUCCACCGUGAAGAGAUAUUGUUCAUUGUUUCUGUUGAGAGCGACAUGCCUGAGAAGGACGAGACGACUGUCAAGAAAUCGACGGUCAUCUUGAGUUCGAGCACAACAGUGGACAUACCGGGGUUCACGGCCGGGGAUUUCUUGACGAGCGAGACUGUGGAGGUGAUCUCCAGUACUGCCACUAUCCACGGGAGCACAUCCACAUCCGCGGAGUCAUACAAAGCUUGUGACCACGGCCAGCGCCCUUUCUGCCGGUCGACGCCGGAGUCAGAACCACACCUCACCUGCGGCAUCCCGAUUAUCACAGCAACACUGCUGGCGAGCAAUUUCACUACGCAUCUAGAAGGGGACGAUAUUGCAACAUCCUCUCGAGUCAUUGGAGUUGGAGGCUGA